AUGAGUGGAACCAUGAGCUCCACAGCCAGUACAAGGCGCUCUCUGAGGAGGGCCAGGCUGAGGUGUGGAAGCUUCACGACGCAUGUCUCCAGAAGCCGGAGAAGUCACUGGAGGGUAUUCUCUUCACCAACUGCAUCGGCCGAGAUCAAAGUGUGA